ACUAAUCAGAAUUGCUUGGGUUUACCUUUAGCUUGUAUUUAAAUUCUAAGUUAAAAGUUAUCCUUCAUAAUUCAUUUCAAUAUUAGAAUAUUCGCGAUCUGCGUACUGUUUGAUACCUAUCAAUUAUUUAUGGGAUAAAACGUUCCAUUCGCAAAUAUCACAGACGGACGGAUUUAUACUUAUCAUUUAUCAAAUUACAAAUUGUUUAUAAAACAUACUAUCACUAUCAAGCAAUCGCCCCAAUCGGCGUAAAGCCGACUUUUAAUGAGCAAUAAGUACCAAAAAUAAUUAUUGUUACUUUGCUUUGUUAAACAGUGACUAUAAGUCUAAUAGAUCUAUCAGUAUACACAUACAGUUGCCUACAAAAGUUUUAACUAUAACUUUUCUGAAAUUCUUAUUGAAAUGGUUGUGUGUAAUAGUGGUGAUUCCAAGCUUGAUGCUGCUGUAACAGGGUGGCUUAAACACGAUAAGAAUCCAGUAACGCGUCAAGAAGUAUUGGACGAUAUAGCGAAUUCAAAAUGGGACAAGCUAAGAAAGACCAUGUUAAAACGCCAGAAAUUUGGCACGGCGGGUUUGCGCGGACGCAUGGGCGCUGGCUACAUGUGCAUGAAUGAUGUAGUAGUCUUACAAACUGCUCAGGGUCUCUGCUCGUAUUUACAAAAAGUUUGUAAUCAAUCACAACUGCGCAAUGGAGUUGUCGUGGGCUUUGACGGACGUUACAACAGUAAAAGGUUUGCAGAGUUAACGGCGAAAGUCUUUGUGUCAUCAUCAAUACCAGUACAACUGUUCUCGGAAGUAUGUCCAACCCCAUUUGUAUCGUUUGCGACGAUUUUGUAUGGAGCCGCCGCAGGGGUUAUGGUCACGGCGUCCCAUAACCCAAAAGAAGACAACGGGUACAAAGUGUACUGGGGUAAUGGAUCGCAGGUUAUUACGCCACAUGAUGAUAAUAUUCUAGAGGAAAUAUGGACCUGUUUAAACAUACCAGAAGACCAUUGGAACAUCGAAGAGAUUCGCAACCACGAUCAAGUUAAAGACUGUUUUGAGCAAGUGACAUCAAAAUACAUGGAGUACAUAAAGUCUUGCUUGCACGAGGAUGUUCUAGAGGACAACAGAAAAGCUGGGAUAAGUACAGUGUACAGUGCUAUGCAUGGAGUUGGAUAUGAUUCUGUGGUCAGGGCAUUUGAGGCUGCUAACUUGAAGGUUCUGCUAAGCGUAAAAGAGCAGCAAGACCCGAAUCCCGAUUUCCCAACAGUAACAUUCCCUAAUCCGGAAGAGAAGGAAUGUUUGGAGCUUAGCAAAAAACUUGCAGAGGGAAAUAACGUUAAACUUGUCCUUGUGAACGAUCCAGACGCGGACAGACUAGCAGUUGCCGAAUAUAAUGUUGAAUCAAAAUCAUGGAAAGUUUUCACCGGAAAUGAGAUGGGAUCGCUGCUAGGCUGGUGGAUACUGCAUCAGCACACUAAACACGGUUCCGUACAAGAUGAAGACGAGAUAUUCCUGCUCGCGAGUUUUGUCAGUUCAAAAAUGCUCCGAGCUAUAGCGAAGGGCAAAGGCCAGUUGGUUGAGACGCUCACUGGUUUUAAAUGGAUGGGAAACACAACACUCCUGUUGUUACAACAGGAUAAAAUACCAUUGUUCGCGUUCGAAGAAGCCAUUGGCUACAUGUGUAGUCCAAGAGUGCCGGACAAAGAUGGCGUCUCCGCCGCUGUGCAGGUGGCAUCCCUAGCGUCGAACCUUUACUCCAAGGGGUCGUCCCUAGUUGAUCAGCUGCAAGCAUUAUACGUGGAGUAUGGCUUUCACGUCUCACAUAACGCGUACUUCCUUAUCCGUGAACCGACAGUCGUACAGAAGAUAUUCAGCCGAAUCAGAAAUUUUCACGGACCUGGAUUGUACCCAAAGAAUGUUGGUACAUGCGAAGUAACAUUCCUAAACGACUUCAGUUCCGGAGUUAGACUACCCGAAGAAGUCAACGGAGAAGGACAUUUGAGGGUACUGGGAACGGGGUUAGACCAGGACUACACGAGCGGUGAGAUGAUCUUCUUCCAAUGCAGCAACGGACUGAGCGUCACGAUACGCACGAGCGGAACUGAACCCAAGCUCAAAUACUACACCGAACUCGUGUGUAACGCGCCCACGAUAGCGGAACAAGACGAGAAGAAAAUCUUCCUCGAACAAAUAGUGAAAGAGUUUAUAGAUGAGCUAAUUCAGCCAAAGGAAAAUGGUUUGAUCGGUUGAACAUAGAAGCACAUGUAUGUAGAUUAAAUUUCACGUGACGUAUUUAUUGGAAUAGCUUAAAACCUUUAUACAACGUGUAAAUGAAAACUGAAAUAAUA